AUGAAGGGGACACUGCUUGUGCUGGCCUUGCUGGUGACCCAAGAGCUGGGCAUCGAGAUGGUGAAAUCUUACCCUAUUUUUUAUGUAAUCUUUGGUGCCGUGGCCGCUGGAGGGAAGUUACCGCUGGACGCCAGCCUUGAUCUAGUCAAUGCCACUGAACCAGAAAAAGUAGCCAUGGAGAAAAUCCAGGAUUGCUACAAUGAGAAGGGACUCAAAGCCAAGGCCUUGGAUCUGACUGUCAUGGCUACUAUCACCACCAGCAAGCAAUGCAUCUCUGAAGCAGUGGCCCCAUUGAAGAAUGUCAUAACCUUGUUGGGGAGAUGA